CUGAGCGGUGGCGUUGUUCGGGCGAGCCGACGACGAGACCGUAGCUGUCUGGAAAUUUGUCUCGUGUGUUAGAUUCAAACGUAUUCUUCGUAUUAGACAUUUUUGUACGUCCGACAAGUUAAUCGUUCCGCAUUUUAACACACGUCACCGUUAGUGUCCCGAAUUAGACUGGAGAAUGGCUGCCGCUGAGGUGAACGGUAGUUCUGCCCCGGCAAAGGAGGAGGAAGAACCCAUGGAUGUGACGACGCCGCACACAGAGAACUACCAGACGCUCAUCGAUGCUGGGCUGCCUCAGAAAGUGGCUGAAAGUCUAGAUAAUAUCUUCCAGACAGGCCUGGUGGCGUACGUGGACUUAGACGAAAGGGCCAUUGAUGCGCUGCGGGAGUUCAAUGAAGAGGGAGCUCUCACAGUGCUGCAGCAGUUCAAAGAGAGCGACCUGUCCCAUGUACAGAAUAAAAGUGCUUUCCUUUGCGGAGUCAUGAAGACUUACAGACAGAGAGAAAAACAAGGGAGUAAAGUACAGGAGUCCACCAAGGGCCCAGAUGAGGCGAAAAUAAAGGCUCUAUUGGAGCGGACAGGAUACACCCUGGAUGUCACCACAGGGCAGAGAAAAUAUGGAGGUCCCCCGCCUGAGGAUGUGUUCAAAGGAACACAGCCAGGGAUUGGAACAGAGGUGUUUGUUGGAAAAAUCCCAAGGGAUUUGUAUGAAGACGAGCUGGUGCCGCUCUUCGAGUCUGCUGGUCCCAUCUGGGACCUCAGGUUAAUGAUGGACCCUCUCUCUGGUCAGAAUAGAGGUUACGCCUUCAUCACAUACUGCAAUAAGGAUGACGCCCAAAAGGCUGUGAAGCUUUGUGAUAACCAUGAAAUCCGCCCUGGCAAGUACUUGGGUGUGUGUAUAUCUGUUGCAAACAAUCGCCUGUUUGUCGGAUCAAUUCCAAAGAACAAGACGAGAGAAAGUAUAUUGGAAGACUUUGGAAAAGUUACAGAGGGUCUCCAGGAGGUGAUAUUGUACCACCAGCCAGAUGACAAGAAGAAGAACCGUGGCUUCUGUUUCCUGGAGUAUGAGGACCACAAGUCUGCAGCACAGGCUCGCCGCCGUCUAAUGAGUGGCAAGGUCAAGGUGUGGGGUAACCCAGUCACUGUAGAGUGGGCUGACCCUGUCGCUGAGCCAGACCCGGAGGUCAUGGCCAAGGUCAAGGUGCUCUUUGUGAGGAAGCUGGCCACAGCGGUGACUGAAGAGCUUCUUGAAAAGACCUUUUCUCAGUUUGGAAAGCUGGAGCGGGUGAAAAAAUUGAAAGAUUACGCUUUUGUCCACUUUGAAGAAAGGGAUGCUGCUGUGAAGGCGAUGGAUGAGAUGAACGGAAAAGAGCUAGGAGGUGAGGAAAUUGAGAUUGUCCUAGCAAAGCCCCCAGACAAGAAGAGGAAAGAGCGCCAAGCAGCUCGGCAGACCACCAGGAAUGCAGGGUAUGAUGACUAUUACUACUACCCACCUCCACGCAUGCCGCCACCAGGCAGAGGCAGGGGUCGUGGUGGCCGAGGGGGCUAUGCCUAUCCACCAGAUUACUAUGGAUAUGAAGACUACUAUGAUGACUACUAUGGUUACGACUAUCAUGACUACCGUGGUGGCUAUGAAGACCCUUACUACGGCUAUGAAGAUGUGUACAGCAUGAGGGGCCGUGGUACUCGUCCUAGCAGGGGGGGGCCUCCUCCACCUAGGGCUCGUGGAGCGCCACCUGCCCGAGGCCGGGGUGGCUAUGCCCAAAGAGGGCCACCUCUCGGUGGUCCGAGGGGUGGCCGAGGAGGGCGUGGAGCCCCUUUCCAGCCGCAGAGGGGCCGCGGUCCUCGCGGGGCCAGGGGCAACCGCGGGGGUAACGUCGGCGGAAAGAGGAAGGCAGACGUGUUUAACCAGCCUGACUCCAAGCGCCGCCAGACCAACAACCAACAGAACUGGGGGUCCCAGCCCAUCGCCCAGCAGCCCCUGCAGCAAGGGGCCGACUAUUCCGGUAACUAUGGUUACAGUAAUGACACCAUGGAGUUUUCACAGGAUUCUUAUGGGCAGCAGUGGAAGUAGAUGCACCAAAAGGUAUUUGGCAAAGUGACAACAAAAAAAGAGAAAAACAACAAUAAAAAGAGAAAAAAAACAAAACAAAACAAAACAGGAGAUUGGCCACAAUUUUUUGAUUGACUUUUUAUUCUUCAUCCCUCCCAUGAGAAAAAAAAAAUCUGUAUAUAUCUCAGAAAAAGUGGACAGACCCCAGAAUUGGCUCGAGAUGAUUGGCUGGAAAGCCUUUUGGCUGAAGAAGUGAACGUAACCGUUGUGGUGAAUCAUUUCUUACUCCUACGGUUACAUUGGGACAUGUGUAUUUAAAAAAAACACACUAAAUACUUUUAUUGUUACGUUUUGUUCCUGAUUCUUUUAAAGCCAACAAUGAACAUUUACAAAAAAAAGGUGGACAUUUAAUUCUCAAAAGUCUGAGAGAACAUUAAAUAAUAUUUGCCUUGCAGGAAGUUUUUGUCCGUACCCCUUUCCUCCUUCCCCUUCUUGUACUCCCUUUAUUUGUGGUUUCUCAUAGUUGCUUAGGGACUUGCUUGUAAAUAAAUGCAUAUGGUUAGAGCUUCAUACGUCAUUUUUUUGCAAUGGUGGAGAAAAGAAUCCACAGGAAGGAAGAAAUCAAAGUUUUGUAAUGUUCAAAGUGUAUGCCUAGCAUUUCUAGAGGUAGACAAAUUGUGUUUUUUUUAAAACUGAUACCAUAACUUCCUAUGUUUUCUUUGAACUUGCCCAAUAGAGUUUGGUUUGGCUUACCUUAAGAGCCAUAGCAGUUUGUUCUCUGAUGUUCUUUGUAUUUAUAACUUUUACGUUUGUUCCGUUUCAAUAAAACUCAGCUGAGCAUCAGUCAAUUGUCAGAUACUCAAAUUCAGUGUUGUCAUUCAGUAUUUGAUUUGAUUUUGACCUCAAAUUCUCUCAUUUGGAUGAAGAUCUUCUUUUCCAAGUCAAAUUUUUUUUUUGCCUCAAAGGAUAAUCACAAAAGACUGAAAUGUGCAAUCAGACAACGGGACAAGAGAAUUUGAAAGGUGUUUUUAUGAAAGUGAUUAAACAGGAUUUUAACCCUUUAUGUUUCAGUGCAUGUUAUGUCAGACUACAGUCAUUUCCUGCACUCAGAAUCUCAAUAAUGAAUCACAACCAUACAAACAACUAUUAAAGGACCAAACUGUAAUUUUGACUUCCUGCGAUUACUCAAGAUUGUACCUGUCUUUCAAAAUGUGUGUGCACAGGUAAACAGUGUGUGCUUUAGUAAACUUCAGCCGACCCUUUAAACUCCAUUCUCCGCAAUCCAUGAAAAGAUGCUUUAACUGUGACUAAAACCUAUUACUCUAGUACUUCAUGCUUUGCCUCACAUGGUUCCUGCCUAUAUUUUUUACCUCAUUUGGACUCGGCCAAAGAAAUGCAUCACUGCAAUAGUACUGUAAUCUAAUGGAAGUAAACAUGCAGUGUAUUCACAGGUGUAUAUUUCCUGUGCCGUGGAAUUGCAGCGUACGAGGGUUUGUGUUCACAUUCUCCUUAACACGUGCUAUUUAUAAAGGCAGGUCAACAUCUACUGAAGCAUACACUGUGUACACCUGUUCACGCAAACUUUAAAGAUCAGGACAAUCUUGGAUAAUGGUGAGCUGUCACUGCAGUUAGAACACCA